ACGGUGCAGUGCCUGUAGCUCGCUGUUCCCUCUGUCACCCACCCCAGCCGAGCACCAUGAGAGCUGUCAUCCAAAGGGUCACUAAGGCCAGUGUGACGGUGGGAGAUGAGCAGAUCAGUUCCAUUGGGAGAGGCAUCUGUGUCUUGUUGGGAAUAUCAGUGGAAGAUACCCAGAAAGAUAUUGAGUACAUGGUGCGUAAAAUUCUGAACCUGCGCCUAUUCACGGAUGAGAGUGGGAAGCCCUGGUGCAAGAGUGUCAUGGAUAAGCAGUAUGAGGUGCUCUGUGUGAGCCAGUUUACCCUUCAAUGUGUGCUUAAAGGAAACAAGCCGGACUACCACAUGGCUAUGCCUUCUGAGCAAGCAGAGCCUUUCUACAAUAACUUCUUACAACACAUGCGGAAAGCCUACAAACCAGAACUCAUUAAAGAUGGAAAAUUUGGUGCCUACAUGCAGUUGAACAUACAGAACGAUGGCCCAGUGACUAUAGAAUUGGAGCCGCCCGCCUCUACAGCUGAUCCAAAGCUUCUGUCAAAGCUGGAAAAGCAGCAGCAAAGGAAAGAGAAGACGAGAACCAAGACACAGUCGGAAUCUAGUCGAGAGAAGAGCGUCCCACGCAGUAAGGAUGACCCCAGUGCAAGCAGUGGUGCAGAGGGAGAUGUGUCUUCUGAAAGAGAACCCUAGGAUGUCAAACAAACCAUCAGGGCUUUACAAGUCUUUUGGAAGCAUUUUGCAAAUCAGACUGCAACUGGGACGUACAGUAUGUCUAAUUGUGGCUUAUUCCAUGUUGAAAGAAACCAAAGGAAUGGCUUCCAUUACCAGCGGUGAUGUGCACUCCCAGCGAUAAAACUGUCCGCACAUCGACCUCUUCCAUCUGUCUGAUACUUUAUUGUCUUUUCUACAACCUCGAGACAAAUAGUGCCUGUGUUUUUAUCACUGCCCAUUUGUUUACUUCUAUUUACAUCUUUUACCACUUAUCACUUAAACUCCAAAAAUUUUGCUUUGAUGAAAUCUAUACGCUACAUUUUUGUGCAGUAAAUAUAUAUAUAUAUUUUUUCUCCCGGGAUCAUUGUACAAUUAGUCCGUUGAUGUUUGGAAACUUGUUGUAAUGUUAAAUAGAUCUAGUUAUUUGCGCUUGAAUUAAAUCUUUGUCUGUGUAUCUUUUCCUGUCACCACCCAUUAAACAAAUAGUUUGAUCUCCA